GUGUCUGGUACGAAACUGAAGCCGGGAGAGAACUUGACAUAGCUUCGUCCGUCAAUCUAAUUUUCACGGAAAAUUGUUAUAAUUUUUUCAGCAGCGAUGAAAGCCGGCUCUGCUUCUCUAGUUUUCAUCUCAGUUCUUCUCUUUCUUCUUCCAAUUCUAACAACAUAUACCGAAGCCGAGGUUAUAACCCUAACCGCUGACACCUUCUCCGACAAGGUGAAGGAGAAGGACACGGCAUGGUUUGUGAAAUUUUGUGUGCCAUGGUGUAAACAUUGUAAGAACUUGGGUACAUUGUGGGAGGACCUUGGGAAGACAAUGGAAGGUGAAGACGAAAUAGAGGUUGGGGAGGUUGAUUGUAGUACGAGUAAACCAGUAUGUUCAAAAGUUGACAUUCAUUCAUAUCCUACGUUUAAAGUAUUCUAUGAUGGUGAAGAAGUUGCAAAAUAUCAAGGGCCGAGGGAUGUUGACUCUCUAAAGAACUUUGUCUUGGACGAAGCUGAAAAGGCAGCAACAAAGGCGCAGCUUGACAGUGAUAAAGAGUUGUAGUAAGCUAUCAAGAAUUGAUGUGUAUGUACCAAUAUAUGCUUUUAUGGACAUCGACUCAGCUUCAGUAGUGGGUUCGGGCACAACAAUUUUGACUCGGGAUGACAACUCCAGUGGGGCAAUUGCUAACUACAACUGAUACGUACGCGGGGAAGAGCAGCUUGUAUUCAUAAAUGAAAUUCAGGUAGUAAUUCUCACGGGAUAUUUUGUUUGGGUGUUGGUUAGGUUGGUGGAAGUGUCCAUGUUUAAGUUAUUACUGAUUUAAAUUGAUCUCAUCGCGUUACAAGA